AAUUACCGAUGAAAAGUUUAUUAUCUACUGUGAUUGUUAGAAGUUAUUAAACUUAUGAAACUAUGGCAGAGAGAGAGAGACAGCAUCAUCUGUACCCCCAAAGUGUGGGCCAUACAUUUCUUCUGUCACUAGUUGGAGUAUGAACUUGAUGAUUCGUGGAGUAGUUCUGUUUUUGAUUGGAGUGUUUCUUGCUCUAGUAUUAAAUCUACAUCAGAUUCAGAGAAAUGUCACACUCCUUCCACCAGAUGUGAUUGCAAGCAUCUUUUCUUCAGCAUGGUGGUUGCCACCAUGCUGUGGCACAGCUUCAGCUGUGAUUAGGUUGUUAUACCCUUGCAUUGACAGGCAUCUGGGAGAGUCACAUGAAUUUAAAAGAGAGUGUUCUAGUGUAAUGCGAUGUGUAGCAGUCUUUGUUGGUAUUAAUCAUGCCAGUGCUAAAGUAGAUUUUGACAACAAUAUACAGUUGUCUCUCACUCUAGCUGCACUAUCCAUUGGCUUGUGGUGGACUUUUGAUAGAUCACGAAGUGGUUUUGGUCUUGGAGUAGGAAUUGCUUUCUUGGCAACCUUGGUCACUCAACUACUAGUCUACAAUGGGGUUUAUCAGUAUACAUCUCCAGAUUUUCUUUAUGUCUGUUCUUGGUUACCAUGUAUAUUUUUUGCUGGUGGCAAAACAAUGGGAAAUAUUGAUCGACAACUGGCCAUGUAUGAAUGUAAAGUCACUGCAGAAAAAUCUCAUCAAGAAUGAAGAAAGCAAAAAUAUGUUUUUGUACAGAAAAAUAAACAAGAUUUAAAGAAGCAUGUAAAUGAUAGAGAUACCAAGAAAACAUUGGACUGUAAAAUUGCUAAGAUGCAGUUUUUUUUCCUUCAGUGGUAUAUAUUACUGCAAUCUAUGAUUGCUACUUCUGUCAAUCAGUUACAGACCUUUGUGUAUUUGAUUUUAGUAACUGUCAAAGAUGAGGUUGCACCAAAAAUAAGACUACUGGUUAAUAAAGGAGUUAAUUUUUUUUAAUAUAACACAUAUUGUAUCACAAUGUUAAUGUGCCAAAAUAUUCUAUUAUUGUCAUGUAGAAAAUGAUUGUGUUAUGAACAUUUAAAAAAUUAUUGAAAUGGCAUAAUAUAAGGAGGAAAGCCAAGAAUUCAAUUGAAUUUCUGAUAUUUUCUCUUUUAUUUUUUACUUUCCUGCCUUUUAUUUUUCUUUUUCUAUUUUUUAAAUUUUAAACAUUAUUUUAUUUGGUCAUUUCCAAACAUUAUUCACUGGAAACAAAGAUCAUUUUCUUUUCCUCCCCGUCCCCCCUCCCACCACCUUUCCCUCUCCCAUAGCCCAUGCACAAUUCCACUGGUUAUCACAUGUGUUCUUGACUUGAACCCAUUUCCCUGUUGUUGGUAUUUGCAUUAGAGUGUUCAUUUAGAGUCUCUUCUCAGACAUGUCCCCUUAACCCCUGUAGUCAAGCAGUGUUUUUACUCCCACAGUUUAUCUUCUGAUUGUGGAUAGUAUUUUUUUAGAUUCCUGCAGAUUGUUCAGGGACAUUGCAUUGCCACUAAUGGAGAAGUCCAUUACAUUCGAUUGUACCACAGUGUAUCAGUCUCUGUGUACAAUGUUUUCCUGGUUCUGCUCCUCUCGCUCUGCAUCACUUCCUGGAGGUUGUUCCAGUCUCCAUGGAAUUCCUCCACUUUAUUAUUCCUUUUAGCACAGUAGUAUUCCAUCACCAACAUAUACCACAAUUUGUUCAGCCAUUCCCCAAUUGAAGGGCAUCCCCACAUUUUCCAAUUUUUGGCCACCACAAAGAGGGCAGCUAUGAAUAUUCUUGUACAAGUCUUUUUCCUUAUUAUCUCUUUGGGGUACAAACCCAGCAGUGCUAUAGCUGGAUCAAAGGUCAGUCUUUUAUCACCCUUUGGGAAUAGUUCCAAAUUGCCCUCCAGAAUGGCUGGAUCAAUUCACAACUCCACCAGCAAUGAAUUAAUGUCCCGACUUUGCCACAUCCUCUCUAGCAUUCAUUACUUUCCAUAGCUGUCAUGUUAGCCAAUCUGCUAGGUGUGAGGUGAUACCUCAGAGUUGUUUUGAUUUGCAUCUCUCUGAUUAUAAGGGAUGUAGAGCACUUUUUCAUGUGCUUAUUAAUAGUUUUGAUUUCUUUGGCUGAGAACUGCCUGUUCAUGUCCCUUGCCCAUUUAUAAAUUGGAGAAUGGCUUGAUUUUUUGUACAAUUGAUUUAGUUCUUUGUAAAUUUGAGUAAUUAAACCUUUAUCAGAGGUUUUUAUGAAGAUUGUUUCCCAAUUUGUUGCUACCCUUCUGAUUUUGGUUACAUUGGUUUUGUUUGUACAAAAACUUUUUAAUUUGAUGUAUUCCAGAUUAUUUAUUUUGCAUUUUGUAACUCUUUCUAAGUCUUGCUUGGUUUUAAAGUCUUUCCCUUCCCAAAGAUCUGACAUGUAUGCUAUUCUGUGUUCGCCUAAUUUUCUUAUAGUUUCCUUCUUUAUGUUCAAGUCAUUCACCCAUUUUGAAUUUAUCUUGGUGUAGGGUGCGAGGUGUUGAUCUAAACCUAAUCUUUCCCACACUGUCCUCCAAUUUUCCCAGCAGUUUUUAUGAAAUAGUGGAUUUUUGUCCCAAAAGCUGGGAACUUUGGGUUUGUCAUAUACUGUCUUGCUGAGGUCGUUUGCCCCCAGUAUAUUCCACUGAUCCUCCUUUCUGUCUCUUAGCCAGUACCAAAUUGUUUUGAUGACCACUGCUUUAUAAUAUAGUCUGAGAUCUGGGACUGCAAGGCCCCCUUCCUUUGUAUUUUUUUUCCCAUUAUUUCCCUGUAUAUGCUUGAUCUUUUGUUCUUCCAAAUGAGCUUUGUUAUGGUUUUUUCUAAAUCAGUAAAAAAAAUUUUUGGAAGUUCCAUGGGUAUGGCACUAAAUAGAUAGAUGAGUUUGGGUAGGAUGGUCAUUUUUAUUAUAUUGGCUCGUCUUACCCAUGAGCAGUUAAUCUUUUCCCAAUUGUUCAAGUCUAGUUUUAGUUGUGUGGAAAGUGUUUUGUAGUUGUGUUCAUAUAGUUCCUGUGUUUGCCUUUUAUUUUUCUAUGCACAGCAGUGUGAGUUAUGGGUAUCCUACUUUAUUGUUGGGAUUCUAUCUUAAUGGGUAAAGAAAAGCCUAAGUAUUUGAAUUUUUUGUCUUUUGUGAUAAAGAUGAACUUUUUGUGAAAUGUUUUAAAAUACAUAUCUACCUGCAAUACUGGAGAGGAUCCAAAGAAGUAAACAUCUAUUUAUACAUAUUUUACUAGUAUUAUAUGUGAAGCCCAUGAGAGAUUAUUAGCAUUAUUGUUUUUCAGUAUGAAUUUAGGAGAGGAUGGAGUAGGCAAAAAUAAAGGUCAUAAGCAAUGUUUAAAGUGGCUUUUUAACAAUCACAAGGAAUUUAGCACCUCUUAAUUCUUUUGCAUAUAUAAUAAACUCCCAAAUCUGUAGAAUUUGAAGGUUCUAAUGCUCUUUUGGGAGUUCUGGUAAUUGUUAACCAUUUUGGCUUGGUUCACUUAUCAUUAGAACUCCUAGAUUUAUGGCCUCAUUAUAUGCAAUUGGGGGCGUGUAGCUUUUUUAUGUAUUAACAUACCCAAUAGUGAAGAGUUCCAGUCUAUUGGUUAAAUAUGUAUUGAAAGUUUUAUGUAUAUUAAAGGUCUUGUUUAAAAUUUUAAAAAAAGGGGGGAGGAUUCUGGGGGAAGGGUUCUGUUCACUUCAGGGAGAGGUUGCUUCUGCUGUUUGUUAUGCAGAAAAAGGCUUCUCUCUUCCCUGAAGGGCCUUAACUUUAACUAAUCUAUAUUGGAAAGUUACAGGGAUUAUUGAUAUGAAAUGAUCACCAUUACUAUUAAUCCUAAUGCUAACUAUAUUUGUGAAUAAUACACUACUGAUUUUACUCCACACCGUGAUCAUCACAUAGCAUAAAUAAUAAAUUAUCUUAAGAAAUUGAAAACUAAACAGAAAAGUCAUGAUUUAUUUUCUAAUGACCAUUACCCUUCUUAUGUACACAGACAAAAAACUGAUGCUUCAUUUUAAUAUACUCUUAGGAUGUAGCUCAUAAUAGUAGUUCUAGGUAAAUAAAAUUUCCUAUAAUGAACUCUGAAAAAGAGCCAGAAUUUUGACUGUGUAGUUUUUGAUAUGUAAUAUCUAGCACCAUGCCAAUUAGUUUUUUAUGAUGCUCAAUGUUUAUUGAAAAUAGUCAAGAUAGGGGGCAGUUAGGUAGUUCAGUGGAUUGAGAGCCAGGCCUAGAAAUCUGGCUUCAGACACUUCCUGGCUGUGUGACCCUGGGCAAGUCAUUUAAUCCCCAUUGCCUAGCCCUUACCACUCCUCUGCCUUGGAACCAAUACACAAUAUUGAUUCCAAGGUGGAAGGUAAGGGUUUAAAAAAAAAAAAGAUUUAUAAGUAUUGCCUUCAUCCAUUGGUUCAAUCUGACCUCUAAAUUCUUGGUCAAAGCCUUUAAUUUCUAUUCUUUUUCCACUAUGAAUUACAAAUGGUAUUUUGAAAAUGUGGAAACUUUCCAAGAGAUGAAGUAAAUAUUUUGUAGGUAAGGGUUAAAAAAAAAAAAGAAAAUAGUCAAGAUAAAACUGAAGAUCAUGAUCUGGAGCCUGAAUUACAGAGAAAGAUUUGUCUACUGAUUACCUAACUAGCCUAAAGAAUGGAUGUGAAGAGAACUCAGGAGGUCUUAGAUAAUAGUUUACUUGCAAACAUUUCAUUUAUUUAAUUAAGCUAACUUUCUAAAUGCUUUCAAAUGAUUCAAUUAGAAUUUCCCUUAGAAACCCAAUAAUUGGGAGACAGUACCAUUCAGUGAUAAGAGAGUCAUUUCCAGAAUCAAAGGGCAUGAGUUCAAAUAUCUAUUCCACUUCUGUUGCUUUUUCAUUUGUUUCAGUUAUGUCCAACUCUUUAUAUAACCAUUUGGAGACUUCUUGGGCAAGAGAUUGGAGUACUUUGCCAUUUUCUUCUCCAGUUCAUUUACAGAUGAGGAGACAGGGGCAAACAGAGUAAAAAGGCUUGCCCAGAUCACACAGCUGAAGCUGGAUUUGAACUGACAUCUUCCUGACUCCAGGCUGGGUACUCUAUCCACUGCACUGCCUAGCUACCCUAACUUCUACUCAUAAACUGCAUAAACUUGUUUAGUAUUCCCAAGUCCCAGUUUAUUCAUUUUAAAUUGAGGGAGUUGAACUAUAUAACUUCCAUCUAGUUCUAAAUCUAUGAUCCUCUAACAUAAGCAUAUAUGGCACUGUGAUUACAAAAUGCUUACAGAGUGUGAAUUUUUUUCAGAUUUAAAUGGUUGAGGGAAAUGAUUUCACUAUGUUUUGGAGGGAAAUUGAUGUAAUAUUUCAAGUUUUAAAUGUUGCAUUUUUAACUGUUACAUGUCACAUGAAUAAUUUGUUUCUAUGAAGUAUUAAUCACAGGCAAUAUGCAUUUAGUAUUUUAAUAUCUACCCAUAUUAUCUCAUUUGAUUAAUACAAAAUCCCUUCAAUAGGUACAAAAGAAAUAUCUCAUUGCUCCAUUUUAUGGAUUAGAAAACUGAGAACUAAGAGAGGUUAAGGGAUUUGUCUGUUGCAACCCCAGUGUCCUUUUGUAGUGCAGCCAUGCUAGUGACAUUGUUUCCCAGCUCAGUUACCUCCAUGUUCUGAUGGAGAUAAAUAAUAGGGUCUAAUAUGGAGGAGUCCCAGCACAUGGGAUUAUAGGAAAAUAGAAUUAGAAUGGCAAAGGGUUGUAGCUAUUUUUCAGUCCAACCCCCUCAUUUAAUAGGCACCUUAUAUGCUGCUCUUCUUAGAUGACAUCAGAAUUUUCAUAACAAAUCACAUCAUGUGGAGUUCUUUUCUAUAUUAGAAUAUGUCAUUCUCAAGGGAGAGGCAGCAUUGUACACUGGAUGGGGAGCUGCCAAGAGAAUUAGGAAGAUCUGACUUAAAAUCCUGAUGCUGACACAUAGUGAUUAUGGCUCCCUGAGCAUGUUCUUGAAACUGUCAGUGCUCUAGGGUUAGGGUUAGUCUUCAUUGUAAGAGGAAGCUUCCUCAUCUAAGAAUUCCUCAUUAUCAAUGAAUUCAUAAGUGUAGUCUCUGUCCCUUACCCUAUCUUCCAGGGAAUCCUCUUUAGAAUACAACAAAACCCUGGGUCAAGGAGCAGAGAUUUUAUUUGUUUUCUUUAUCUUAUUUAACUUUUAAGGAUUUUCACUUGUUUCUAAAGUCAACUAGAUUAUAUGAGUAAUUACAGUUUCUGUUGCAUUAUUUAUUUCUUUGUCUCCCUCCCAUGAUCUCAGACAAUUAAAAAAAAAAAAACAAACCCUGAAUAAAGUAGAAAAAAAAAACCCUGAAUAAAGUAGAAGUAACCGAAACAGUGCCAUAUCAAUCAACCUGGAAGUCCCCUGGCCAAAUGGAUUGAUAUUGGCAUAAUAGAUAUAGGUAGGACUAUAAUAGAUUGUUUUUUGCUACAAAAUCUUUUGUUGCUCCCAGCAGCCACAAAAUAUUAUCAUUGUGGGUGAACACCUGAGAAGGGAAGCAGGUGACUGAGGGAAAAUGGGUGAAGAAAUGUAGAGAUAUGAAAUAAAUAAGUUUAACUUGGUUUUGAGGUUUGGACCAGUGCUGAACCCAAUAGCAGUUGACCACAGGCUCUAGGCCCAGAUGUUUGGCCACACCAGCAAUCUGAGAGGAUAACACAAUCUGACUGCUUUCUUGAUGUUACAAACAAGAACUUCAUUUGUUUCUCAAAUACAGGAUGGGCUAGGGGACCAGGGUGAAGAUGUCGCUAGAUCUAACAAUAUCUUUCUUCAACCAGUCAGACUAACCAGCAAAGGUCUCUUCGGUCCCCAACAGAGUUGGGGCUACACUAACUACUAUAUCUCACUACCUAUAGAAAAUCUAGCUACCUAAAAUCCUGUCUAGCUGGCCCACUAAUGAAUAGAAACAGCAUGCAGUUUGUCAGAUAAAGAUGGCUAGAGGCCUAAGCCAAGGUGGUUGGUCUCGUCUUUAGCAUAGAGUUUCUGGGUCUUCAAUACUCACACACACACAGAGAAAUUGUCAGGAUGGAAAAAGAUGCCACUGCUCCCAGGAACACAGAAGUUUCCUGCUCACAGGAACUUCUAAGAUUUGAUUAGCAAACCCCAGACACCAAUGUUAAUUUUUUGUUCUUAAUGUGCUGGAGCCUAUUCAUAUCUACCACUGGUCUUUCUAUUGAAUUUUGGGUGAUCAGUAAUUUUAAUUUUCAAGAGGCUUUGGGAUACCAUGAUUCACAAUCUUAGAGUAUCACCAGAAGAAUAUCAGUGUUCAAAAGUGGGCCCAUUAUUUUAAGAAGACAGGAUUCUUUAAGAACAUUGCUUAAUAUCUAGAAUGCAAGGUAGCUGAGUUUCUUCUUCCUUUUUAAUUCUAAGUCUAGUUCACUCUCUUUCUUCAGGAUCUGUCCAAGACAUAAAGUGCUUUUCCUCUUGGAUAGGCUUUAAACACUAUUUUUUAGAAAAUUGCUGCUCUUACAGCAAGGUAAUCUUUUCCCUUUAGUGACCUCUUACUACCAAGUUAUACCACUACAAAAUUUCUAGGUGGCUUUCUGGUUCAUUUUAAGCCUAAGGCAGAGAUGCAGUUAUGUAUUGGGAGCCAUGUGGAAUAGGUAAUUCCGUCUUCUGAUUCUUGUUAAAAACAAACAAUGUAAAGAUUAAAAUUUAGGGGAGAUGGGGAGACUGAGGCAGGUAGAAAUUAGUUUCUCUCUACAAGGAGUAUUAUAUUUUUUAGAGGUUUAUUGAAGAUUAAGGAUUAAAGAAAAUACAGGAUAAGAAACAUGUGUCCAGGCCAUAGAGUGGCCUAUACACAACCUCACCUACAUUAUGAAAAAAACCAGGCCUGCCCCAAAACGGAAGUCCAAGAGUCGAGAGAGCCCCUCAAAAGCCUUUGAAUCAGCUUAAAUACCUUCUCAAUCUCAGCCCAGGUGAGAUUACAAGGCAUUCUGGGGAAGUGGAGCAAAGGCUCGUGGGGAUUGUAGUCCUGUAUUCGAGUCUAUUUUUUACAUUUUCCCAUGUGAUCAUUUUUGGAAAAAUUAAUUUUUCCCCAAAAGGAUCAUAAAAACAUAAUCAAUUUAAAGAUUACAAUAAUUUGAGGAUAAGAGAAAAAAGAAUAAAACCAAUAAUUGCUGAACACAUUGACAAAAAGCCGUUAGGGGGCAGUCUCCUUUGGCAUAAAAGUAUACAUACAAAUAAAUGUUUAAUCAACCACACCCAAAGUUCAAUUUGAUCUUGUGCAGCUUGUGGUCUGGAGGCUUCUUCAUGGUGGCUUCUCCAACAGUUCAGUUCUGGAUUCAGAGAGGGAGCAUCUUCUUAACCUAAAAUUCUUCUCAAAAGGAAUUUAAACUUUGCAAUUUACAAUAAUAUUUUUUUACAUUUCCCCAUGUUGUGGGUGAUUGAAAAAUACAGAAUCAGUUAGGGAUGCAUGGCUGAGGUAUGAGGUAUAUGAAUCAAUUGGCAAGAGAUAUUAAAAAGACAUCAGAAAAAUCAAAAAGAAAAGAAAAAUUUCUGGAUGAAAAUAUAGACUAUCAAAGUCUUAUGUGUAAAAAUUCCAAGUAAAAGAAAAAUAAAUGUAUAACAGGUCCUUGAAUCAGGGCCCAAUCAAAAUGACCUAAGCAAUGAUGCAUUUACCCAGUCAAUAGCCAGGACUACAGAAAGUUGCCACACUAUGAAAGGCAGAAAAGGGGACCAGAUUAUAGGAGCCAAGGUUUUGGGGAUACUCGUCUGUGAGUAUCUUCAGAGUGAGUGUGGACACAAGGAAAGCCUAUGUCUUAACACAGGUUAAACAUAGUAACCUUGAGUCUUCACACUAGGUUCAAGACCUUUGUAUUGGCCUAGAAGUGCAUCAAUCCAUCCUGGAUUUGCUUUUCUUUUGCUCUGUGAAAUGGCUCUUGUGUGUAUCUCUUGUCCUGGAAUCAGACAGAAUCAUUAAGCAAAGUCCCAUAAUUUUUUUUAAAUAAUUAGUGGCAUCUUUUUUAUAGUCACAAGCUUUUUAGGGCAUGCAUUAGCAAAUGUAUUUCAAACUUGUAGCACUGAAAAGUCAAAAAGUUAAAGAAAAUCUUAAUGCUGGUGACAUGUGCUUCAAAUAUAAAAAGGAGAGAAAAAAUAAUAAAAAAACUGAAUUGCACAUGCAAGAAAAUAUAAUAAUAAAAGAGCUUUAAAAAAUUCAAAAAUAUAGCUUAUAAUCAUUGACACUGUGUCAGUUAAGAAAAUAUAAAAUACAAGGCUUUCUCACCAAAAAAUGAGAUCCAUUUCCUCUUUGUAUCUGGCCAUGAUCACUGUGAGUAGAAGGCAAAUGAAUUGAACAAGGUUAACAAUUUUUUCAUCUUUAAAAAUACAGUAGUACAAAUAUGUAGAUAUCAAAAUCUCCAAAAUUCUCAAUAGCCCAAUUAAUUACAAUAGCAAACAAACACACUUUCAUAUUUCACAUAAGUUGCUGUAUGACAUUUUUAAAAACCUAUGAAUUGAUGGACAUUUGUCACAAUUUUUACGAACAUAGCAAUCUUUCAACCUUGGUAAUUAAACAUAUUUUUAAACAAAGUAAAACUCAUCUUGGACUAAGAACAUAAUCAAGAAAUCUAGAUAUCAUUCUGGUGCAAGUAAAGUAGUGAGCUGAAGAGUAUAAAUAAAGGGGUGCUCCUUUUGGAGGCUUUUAGGGAUACAAAUGCCCUGAGAUUAACUGCCCAACUUCUAUUCACAUAUUUAGAAAUGUGGGAAGGUUGGGGUUUAUAAAAUGUAUUUCACUUCAGCUACUCUUGGCCUUACCUCGUGGUAGGCGCAGGCAAAAAUAACCAGAGAUGGUUUAAAAAAAUUACAAAAAUCAUAUUUAAAAAAACCCUUAAAAUCAUUUGAGAUAUUUAGCACAUUAAAUUUUCCAAAGGUUGUUAUACAAUUAUAACCAGUUCUGAAGUCCAUCUAUCCUCAGCAAAAUAGAAAAAAGCUGUUUUUUCAUAGAUGGGCUUAUUCACAAUAAUAUUUGUUCAACACAGUUAUAGGGGGAAAACAGAAUUUCAAAACUCAGUACAUUCAAAAUAAAUUCAAUCAACCUUCAGUUCAAGCAGAAUAAUAUUGAAUCCAGUAAUAUAUGAACUUAAAAUCAAAAAGUUAAACCAUAACAAAAAAUGCAAUAGAAUACAGAGAUUUUUUAUAAACCAUUGGAGUCUGAAAUGCCUUAAAAUAUAGCCUUUAGUCUCUUCAAAGUUCCUUGGGGGUUUUUUGUUUGUUUUUAAUUAUCCAUUUAAAUGUCUAUAGUCCGAAGGCAGAGUAGUAAGAGCUAGGCAAUGGGGGUUAAGGGACCCGUCCUGGGCCCCGUAGCUGGGAAGUAUCUGAGGCCAGAUUUUAACCCAGGACCAUGCUCUCAGUGCCCUGAGCCACCCAUUUGCAAAUUCAAAGUUGAAUCUUUGGGCUGAAUCUUUCUUCUGGCACGCAGGUGAAAUCAAUGAAAUUACCAGAACAGUCAAAAGGUACCCUUUUAAACAGCCCAUUGCUAUUAAGUUUCUGUUUGAAAAGAUCUGUUUCUUCUCUCUAGUCUCUCUUUCCCCUGCUCUGAUACCCCUGUGGCCAAUACCCCCAUCCACGUGGAGGCUUAGCCUCAGGGAAAAUUACCCGGUCUCCUUUCCCUCUCUUCUCUCCCCUCUACCCAUGUGGCCAAUACUGUAACCAGCUGAUCGCAAUGAGUCCUGAGCGAUCUGCUCCAAGGAUCUGGGUGAUGAGCCGGCUGGGGUCACGCUUGUGGGUCUGGGGCUGGGGUGAUGAGCCAUCUGGAUUGGAGGCCAGAUGGGUGAGGGGCAGACCGCUUGGGGUGGGUCGGGCCAGAGCUGGAGCGCAGACAAGCGGAGCUGGGGCACCAGGUGAGAGGCCAGGAGCAGGAGCAGAAGCAGGCAGGCAGAACUUAGCAGCCAGGGACCAGGUGGGCAGCAAAAACAAAACAGGUCUGGAUGGGGGCUGAACACCAACAGGCAAAAGCGGCUGAGCCGGGUCUGGAUGGAGCCUGUGAGCUAUCUACUGUCUGGAACUAAAUGAGCAGCAGCUUUGCAAGGGUAAAAAACCUUGGCCAGAGAGAUAUGGCUCAAAAAAAAAAAUUUCUAGGUACUAGAUAUUAAAGAUUAAAUCAGAAGAUUGAGAUUUUUUCUCCCGAAGUGGUUACGCCAACUGUAAAGAUUAAAAUUUAGGGGAGAUGGGGAGACUGAGGCAGGUAGAAAUUAGUUUCUCUCUGCAAGAAGUAUUAUAUGUUUUAGAGGUUUAUUGAAGAUUAAGGAUUAAAGAAAAUACAGGAUAAGAAACACGUGUCCAGGCCAUAGAGUGGCCUAGACACAACCUCACCUACAUUAUGAAAAAAAACAGGCCUGCCCCAAAACGGAAGUCCAAGAGUCGAGAGAGCCCCUCAAAAGCCUUUGAAUCAGCUUAAAUACCUUCUCAAUCUCAGCCCAGGUGAGAUUACAAGGCAUUCUGGGGAAGUGGAGCAAAGGCUCGUGGGGAUUGUAGUCCUGUAUUCGAGUCUAUUUUUUACAACAAACUAUUUCACAGGAAAUAGUACUGAAAUGUAUGAAAAAGGAACUUUCAUAAAUAAACUUUUUUUAAAAACAAUUUCUACUUAAAUGCCACUGUAAACAAGGCAUGUCACUAGACAUUUACUUUAAGUAUUUAAGAAUGACAACUAUUAUACCUUGAACAUCACUGGGAAGAUAAUUCAUCAGUUAUCUUAAUGGCAAUUCAAUUCACCAAAGGGGGGAGGGGAGGAAUAUUCUAAAUAAAAGGUCAUAAUUCCUUUAAGGCAAAAACAGAUGCAUUUCCCCAACACUACAUUACUAAAGGAAUUUUAUAAGUCAUUUUCUAUUCUGUGUUUGGCUAAUUUGCUUAUAGUUUCCUUCUUUAUAUUCAGGUCAUUCACCCAUUCUGAGUUUAUCUUGGUGUAGGAUGUGAGAUGUUGAUCUAAACCUAACUUCUCUAUAUAGUAAAUGCCAAUUCUUCCUUGUAAUUUAUCUAGUUGCCUACUAUGGUCUUCAAAAGACUUUUCUUACUCUAUCAUGAAUCUAAUUAAAAAGAGUUUACCCCUACCUAUUACAACGCAUUCACUUCUCUCUGAGAACACUCAGUUCCAUAAUGCUUGUUCCCCCUUCUUGGUAAGAGAGGGAGAUGAAAUAGUCAAUUGCUUAAAUUCCUCAUCUUUAAAUGUCUACUCUCUUUCCCCUUCAAGCCAGUGCUUAAAGCAGAAUCUCAUUUAUUAUUCUCCUUCCCCCCACUUCAUAUGUCCUACAUAAAUGUAACAUAUAGCAUGGCUUCCUCUGGACCUCAUGAUAGAGGUCCCAUAUUCUAUUAAAGUCUCCUACAAUUUAUGUCUUUCAUAUGCUAAUCCUACAUUCCUCAUUACCCUACUGCGACUUGCUUUUCCCAUCAUUAUUCUGAUAAAUUCAAACUUCAUCAGGCAUUCUAUUACUUACUUUUAGUGGCUCAAAGGAGUCUGCAUCAUCAUUCUUAUUAUUAAUUGUAUCAUUCACAUACAUCAUUUUACAUACAUGACAUUUUUGUACAUUUGCCUUACCCAAUUCACUUAAAAAAUUAUUUCAAUUCACAGAACAAUUCAUACUUAAAAUAGAAUCAUGUUCUAACAGACAGCAUUUAAAACCCAUGUUUACACCCAAACAAUAGUCAUUUUGCCCAUAGUGCAUACUUUGGCAACAAUCCAUAUAUCCCAAUAAGUUACAAAUUCAUCAGUUCUUUACCAAUAUUCCAAACUCUUCAUAGACACUCCAUUUCAAAUUUAGAAAUUUAAAAUUUCUUCAAUGUUCAUUACAUUUUCACUUGGUACUUGCUUCAACAACACAUAUACUAAAAUAACAUUUUCACAUUCUCAUUUGUAAAUCCCCAAAAUUUAGUUCAUACAGAAUCUUUUUCAUAAUAUAUCACAUUCUCUUCUAAAAAGCUGGUAGUAAAUUCUUAUACACUUUACAUUUCGUUUUAUUGAACAGCCAGCACAUAUUAGGAGUUUGCUUCUCAUCUGCUAAUUUAAAACAAAAACCCUUUCUGCCAAGUAGGCUGACUUCCCAUUGCAUUUCAAUCUCCAACUUCAGUUGACUCAAAUAACAAACAUUUUAGGUAUGUCCACACAUUCAAAUCUCUAACCAUUGUUCUUUUUAACUCAAUGAAAACAAACAGUUCUCUCUUCAUUAAAUUGAUACAGGAAAAAAAAAACCCUCUGAAAUCUUAGACAAUUGAGAGACAAUUUUUAACACUGAAUCACUAACUUUACAUUCAUUUCACUCAAUUCCACAUUUCAAGAUCUUUAACAUGUAUUUCAGCCUUAAAAUCAACCCUAAGUAAAAAUCCAAUCGUGCCAUCAAAUCUCCCUUCUCAUGUUCUAAUUUUCCUCCUCCCAUCCAGUGGCCCGUCAAAGAGGGAAAAAGAAAAAUGUUGAACAGUCUUUUCUGCCUCUGUCUCCUAUAAAGCAGAGGGCAAAAUUCCCUUUUGAAGUUCUUAAACACAUUCCCUGAUCUGUCAACUCCCUCAUUUUUCAGAAUAAUGAUGGACUGAGAGACAAGAGACUCGGUAAUCACAAAGAGAUCUUUUCCCCCAAACCCUCCCAGUGCACACACAUGACACACAGAUUUACAAUUUAUAAAGGACAUACAAAACAUAAAUUCUUUUGCCCAACCACAUAUAAUAGUCUAUUUAUUUACAUUUUCUUCACCCCAAAGAGGGGAGUGUCUUGUCAGUCAACUCCUAAAGUUUCACAUUAAACAAUCCCCUAAUUGUAAAAAGAAUCUUAGCACAGUCAGUGUCUUCAUUAUCUCACAUUCAGGCACAAAGUGUUCAAGAACUCUGGCCAUUUGUCUUGGCAGGAAAUUUACAGUUUCUGUCAGAUGUUCUGGUCCCAGUGUGUUAGUUCAUUAGUAUUGUCCUUAAUUGGACACUUUCUCGUUAAGUGGCCAGGCUGCUUACGCAUGUAACAAGUAUGAACUUCUAGGGGAGACAAGUCACUUCUCUCUCUUCUUCUGUGAUUCACCUGUCUUAUAAUCUGGCUUUCCCUUCUUAUUUCCCUCUUCCUUCAAUCUGGCAUAUUCAUUGGCUUCACCUCUUCUGCUCUUCCUGAAAUUUCCUCAAAACCAGGGUUAUAAAUCUGGUCAGUUACUUUUUGCUGUCAUCUUCUCUCUCCAUAUAUAUAUAUAUAUAUAUAUAAUCUCUGUCUUUUGGAGGAACUCCUGUAGGGGUUUAGUUACUCAUCCAUUUAUCCUUCAAAGUUUAUUGCUGAUAUCUGAACUGGAAUUGUUUCCAAAACUGAUCAUUAGAACUUCCUGCCUUCUAGGAUCAGUCACAUUCAGUCUAAGGGAUCUCUGUUCACUAAAUCCCUCAGCUGGUUCAAGAAAUCUGCUGAACUCUCUUUUCUCUCCUGUUUAGCUUCCUGGAUUUAGUCGAUUUAGUCGAUGUCUUCAUUUCAGUGCUCAACAGAUUCUGUCCUCUUGUGUAUCCAUAUCUCUAAAGUCUUCCAUAUUUUCUUUUUCUGAUUUCACUACUGUUAGUAGUUGGGUGAUGGGAACAGGAAAACUCUCUCCCUUUACUCAGUCACCAUGAGUCUUACUUUGCAAGUCUCGGGCCUUAGUGGCAGCACAUUAGUCUUCAAUCUCUGGAAGAGAGAGAAUCUUUUGCUUUCUCUCAAUUAUUUGGGACAAAUUUCUGUCAAGGGAUAUAUUCCUCCACAGCUAUAGUGCAAAAGGGUGCAUGAAGAUUUUGGAGGUCUCCCAAAGUGAUUACUCCAUUCUUCCUUCCUAGAAAUCUGUCCAUUCUUUGUCUGUCCUUCCUGUUGUAGUUCCUCUUUCACAAAUACCUCUUGAGCUUGCUAUGACAACUCAUCUAAUGAUAUGAGCAUCCAAUCUUUACAUUUUCUGGAACUUUCUACUGAUAUAUGGCCAAGAAUUAGCAGUCACAUCUAGGCCAGCAUUCAAAAAAUCAGUGGAAGUUUCCUUUUUUACUCCUAUUUGGGUUCAGACACCUUAUUCGGGUUCUCAUCUUAAAGAGAGCAAUCUAGUUCAUGCUCUUCCCCCUGCUUCUAGGGGACUUUUCAUCUCUCAGAAUUUCUCACUUUAGAGCUUACUAAGGGGAGUAUUAACAAAUUCAAUCACCAAUUCAGUCUUCCAUUUGAGUGGAACUUCCCUCAAUGGACAUUGCUUCACCACUCCACCUAAGGGAAAGUUUCUCUGGUCCUCUACUAUUUGUUUUUGUGGAAUAGCAGGUAGAGGAGGUGGCACUGGUGCUGGUAGAAUGACAGGAGGAGGUGGGGUUUCCAGUGGAACCCAUAAUUUCUCUUUCUUCUGACAUAAUCCUGAAUUCUUCUCCUCUUUAAUCUCCUGUUUGCCUGCCCCGGGCAUUGCUGUUGCAGCUUCUUUCUUACUUCCUCCUGCUCUAUCAUUCUUAUCUGCCAUGGACUGCUGUUGUCUCAUUUUAUCUAUAUGAUUUUUGUCUCAUUCUUCUCUCCAAAAUUUCUGGUCUCUCUGCAAACUGCCUAGCAGCCUAAUCUUUUUUUUUUUUUUUAA